AUGUUCCACCAACGUUGCCAGUCGUCUGAAUUCCUACUGGGGAUUCAAAGCUACUCCCUUGAUGAGGGAAAAAAAAAAAGAAAAAAGAAACAUAACAAGGUUAUAUCAGAAGGAAGAGGAGACGGAGUACCAUCUGACAAGACAGAAAAAGGGAACCAUUUCAAUAAGUACAGCUCAAUUGCCAGCAAAUUUGAAAAAGUAAAACGCCUGAACCAUCCUAAUGUGUGCAGUUAUUUCAGUUUAUGUCGAAGGGAAGAUGACUUUGUAUUGUCCUCUGAGUACUACUCCUUAUCCCUGUAUGAUCUGCUGGGCGAGGAAGAAAUGGACCUGAUCAAUUUUAAAUGCGUCAGGAAAGCAAUAAACAGAAGAGCGGUAAAUGAUUGCUUGAGUUUUCCCCAGGAGGGAAGCAUCUCCAGGAGGAAGCUCAUCGAUGCACAUUCUAUGAAAGAAAUUGUUCGACAAAUCCUUUCUGCAGUUAACUAUUUACACUCCAAAGGAAUAAAACUUUUAAACCUAACGUUGAGGGAUAUUCUUGUAACACCCAAGGGGGAAGUAAAAAUCCACAACUACUGCAUGUCCUACUUGUUUGGUAGCUACUGCCGUGGUGAGACUGAUCAGUGUGACAAUUUUUUUAAGAGCACAUUGGGGCGGGUCCCCCCGUUCGAAGCAGAGACUGUCACCAAUGUGAAGGGAGAAGAAACUGGUGAAAAAAAGAGGUUCAAACGGAUGAGUAUCCCCCGUGCAGACAAACAGCUUGUUAGUCGGUUUGUUGGUAACCCUUUGUACUUCCCCCCUUUUUUCUUGCUCAACGAUUUAGCGAAUGGUAAAAGGAAAGGGUCUUCCAAAUAUGACGUCUUCAAACAUGUGGAUGUCUUCAACGUGGGGAUUAUCAUCCUACAGUUGGUGAACGGAAUAUUUGACUUUGACUUCCUCGUGAGGAAUUGUGAACCCAUUUGUGGUGAGUCCACCGGGGGGAACCCCCUCUUGAAUGAACUUCACGAAGUUUUGGGGACCCUCCAGCGGAUGCGCCAAAUGAACGAGGAAGAAACGAAGCCACGUGGCAGACACCCCGAUGGUGAUGAGACUUCCCUCUAUAUUGACAAACCAGCGGAGGGGGAAGACACGUUGGAAAAGGUGAAGGCCAUCUUUGUGUUCCUUCUGUAUACGAAGGUUUAUCACCUUUUUGCGGAAGUCGAUCCUACGCAGGAGGUCAGCCUCCUAGACAUGAAUGUAUACGUCCUCUUUCGCUCAUUUGGGAAGGGGGGCUAUCGUGGUGGGGUGGGUUGCAUAAAGAAAAAAUGCGCUAAGAAUAAUUGCUUCCAUGCCAACCUGCUGACCUACCGGGUGGUGAAGAGCCACAUCGAACUGCUCUUCAACGUCAGCGUAAGUGUCCGAUUCGUCAAGUGGGUCGAGAAGAUGUUGUCUGAAUUUUUCACUCUGCACGUGUUGAAGCAAAACGUGGAAAAAAUAAUGCAGGAAGAGGGUGCAGAAAAUGAGAGGAUUUUUUUUUUUAACCUUCUGCACAAGUGUUUGUCUUUACGAGGUGGUGAGGAACAUGGUUCCUCUUCGCUCCUUUCUCACCCGUACUUCUAUCCACGGGGGGGGCACUCAUCCAUUUACCCGCUAGGUGCUAGUGUCUUAAUGGAGGAGUGGGGAGAGGAACAAUCACAAGGGAGGAUUCCAGAACAGGGGGUUCCUUCCCCAAGAUGUGAUGAUCCAUACCCCAUGAAAAAUAACAACCACGUGGUGAUAACCCCCCAACAGGGAGAGACACCACCAAAUUGUCUAUCCCAUUUGAGGGAAGAAGAGAAAUUCGAACCAACCCAUUACAACCAGUACGCAGUAGAAUACGUCAGAAGCAAUGUCAGGGAAGACCAACUGGAGAGCAAACAUUUUAUAACGACGAAGGACAUACAUCUCUGGUUUGGUAUGUUGUAUAAAAUGGACUUUUUCAACGAACUGCUCUACCUAAAUGGGGUUAACAAGGCAUGUAGCGUUUUGAAAUUGCCUUACAUAGUCUAUACAAAGGAGAAACAGUUUUACGAGUUUUUUUUUUUUCGCUUUUUUAAACUCCUUCUGUUGGGGAGAUACGAAGGCGUGCUUAACGUGUAUUCGCACUUCGUCAGAGGGGACUCAAAUGUAACGUAUUCACGACGAAGUGGGAGGUUGAGGUGUACCUACAGAAUGGUGAAGUGUCGUGCGGAUUUGUUCACCAGAGGGAGCUGCACAAAUGGAUACACCAUCUCUGUGAAGGGGAGAAAAUUCCUCAUGGGUAAGAAGAGCAAACUCAGUAGGAUCAUUCAUCGGGGUGUCAUUUCGGUACAGACGAACGCAUACCCGUCCGAUGGGGUGACGGUUACCAAACAGGAGCAGCGUUAUGGAGGUGUUACCCCAAAUAACAUGUCUGAAGUAGUAACACACGAGGAGGGUACUGCCCAUUCAUUCUUUUUCAACAUUCCCACGGAAGAGAGAUAUACGUCUUUUCCGUUGCGCGAUUGCGGCGCGAAGAAAGUGCUUGGGGUGAGGCUGGUUGAAUUUUACGAUGCGCUGGAGGAUGCCUAUAGGUUAGUCCAGUCGAAGGUGGACAGGGAUGGAUACAACCCAUUGAACAAGGUGACAUGCGUGUAUGAAAAGGAUCACUCCUUCCUGCACCAGUAUAGCCUCCACUUAAAACUGCAGAAAUUGCUAACCUUCGACCCGCUCAACAGUGACGAAUUAGAGAAAGAGGUGAGGAGAGGAUUUCCAGGACACAUGCGGGGGAUGGCCUACCUGACGCUGCUUGGGUAUAGGUACUGUUUACUGGUCAGACAGACACCGGGGAAGAAAAAUAAAAUGAGACGCUUAAUUUGUGAGGCCCUUUCUAAGGGCAGAGCAGAACUGUCCGUUAAUCCGUCAGGAGAAAAUUCGUCACCAAAUUGGGGAUCCAAAGGGAGGAUUCACGAGUUGAAUGGAAACAUAAAUGGAAGAUAUGAUAAAGCUUACAAUGGGGGAGAUGAAAAAGAGGGGACUAUCCAUAAUGACCCUUUCGAAACAACCAAAUUAUCGUUGAAAUAUUUUCUUAAAAGACGCAGGCGAUAUAACGACCUGGUGGGAAGCCCCCAAUUUGCGAAGAGAAUACUCACGUUGGAAUUACUACUUAGCAUAAAAUUGGGGGUAAGAAAUAAACACCUGAGGAGUUUGCUCCUUCCAUUAUGUCUACUCUACUAUGAUAGUACAUACUUAUGUUACAAGUGCACCAAGCGGGUGGUGCAGAAAUAUUUGCUGGAUCUAUACACAAGUGAGAAGAACUGGCGAAAAUUCGCCUACACCUUUAAUUGCCUGCUAAGUUAUUACGCCCCCGAAUUGACUUUAUUUUUUUUUAAAAACGACAUCAACGUGGAGAAGGUGCUUUACAGUUGGGUGUGCUCCCUAUUUGCAAACUUCUUCGAUGCGCAAAAAUUCUUUUGGUUACUGGAUAGGAUUCUUACUCAGCCAAGAUGUUACCUUUUUUUUGUCUGCUUGAGCAUUUUGAUUUAUCUGAAAAGGCACAUUGUUAUGAACAUGUGCAGGGAGAAUUUUUACAAGAAUAUAUUUUCGCUAGCUUGUUUGGUGAACCUAAAUUUCGUUUUGAAGACCUCCAUGGAUAUGUUUAGCAGCUGCCCGAUGUCGCAGUUGCAGUUUCCCCAGGUGGGGUGCGGCCUUGAUGAAGAAACGAACAUCCAUGAACGGGCGAAGAAUCCCAACAAUAAUGCGAACCUGCUUGAAAAUGAACGGGCCCAUAUUAACUACUUGCCCUAUCUGCUCGGGGACGCCAACUGGGUGCGCUAUUACGUGCAUAGGGAUACGUUUAGGGUGUACAGGAAAAAAGGGGGACAGGUUCCCUCCAAAGGGAGGACAAUUUUAAUUAAAAAUGGAUUGGUUAGUAGGACAACUGAAACAGACAAAUUAAAGAAUGAAAAAUUAGAACUGAAAAAAACAAAACAUAAAAAAUUAAACGAUGACAACAACUGGGGGGAAAGUGGCGACUCUGCCAACUUCCUUUCACCAGCGGUCACGCGGGAAGAUCAAAGAGGAGACGCACAAAUGGCCAACGCAAAAACGCGAGGCGUUGCGCAUCACUGCGAAUUAUUUUUACGCAAUUACAAGAUAAACAAAAAAAAAAAAAACUUAAGUGAGUUCUCUCACUAUGAAACGGACGUCGUGACAAAUUAUAAAUGUGAAGAUAAAAAGAUCGGGGGGGGAAAGAAAAAAAUAAAAAAUGAAAACAACGGAACAAAGUGCGUGUACUACAAGUUAACAAAUAAAAAAGUUAAGAAGAGAUUCAAAAGGGAAGAUCUUGUUAGGAUGUGUAACUUUCCCAUGUUUCCAUUUGUAUACGUCACAGACUUGGCGAACGAAUUAUCUCUUGAUAAUUACAUAAUUAUUGAUAUGAGAUCCCCAGAAGAAUUUAAAAAAAAAAGACUAAAACAUUCUGUGCAUGUUAACACGUUUUUAAGUAACUUUAAAAAAGGAGUUUACAUCAACUACACUGAUGGUAGUUACGACGUGGACACCCACUUGAAGACGAUUAUCCUCACGUUUAGCAGCUCCACUUUCGACUUUGAUGCCAUUUACAAUUUUUUGAACUUAAAAAUUAAGCGUAUCACCAUUCUGUGGGGAGGCUUUCACUGCGCUUUUAGUGGUUUGCCGGCGAGUUGUUUUACGUAA